AAUUUGCUUUCUUGCCUCUGGCUGCCUCUACACUAGUAAUUAGUUGAUUCUAUUUUUCUCAUCCAAAUAUCAAGUGGUUUUAAAGGAUUUGAUAUUGUCUUUUCACCAAAGUGCUCCUCAAUUCAUCUUAUGGUUCUUAUUUGUUUAUCUAAAUGUCAUUACUAUGUUUUCUCUGUAUCACACAACCUAUUGAACCAUGUUGCAGGGCUCUUACAUACUGCUUCUCUGAAGCUGAGCUUUAGUGCUCAGCAUCUGACUUAAUGGAGUUUAUGUGAAUUGGAUAUAUAUGAGUUGGUAUAGUUGGCUUAUUGUUCAACUCUUGCAGCCGUUCAACCUAUACAUAGGCCAUAACAGACCCAAGGUAUGAAUUUCUUUCAUAUUUGAUAUAUUGAUUUUGUUAAAAACUUUCGUGGCUAACUUGAGCGUCUUAAGUUCCCUGGUAGAGCACACUUCUGCAGCCCUUCACCGUCUUUCCUCCUGCUUUCAGAUUGUGCUUUCUUCUGUACUAGCUGCCUCUACCUUCCUAUUCUACACUGUGAUUCAUGUGUGAUUAUGUGAAAGUGAAAGGAAUAGCAACUACUCACACAUUGCCUCUGCGGGAUCUUCACAUUCAUGAUUGCAAAGAGUAAUAGCAUAGAAAAAAGAGAAGGAAAUCAGACAAUGGAUGGAAGAGCUACAUUCACUCUUCUAAAAUUAACCUACUUUGGGACUUACAUGACAAAACAGAAUUGAAGAGAACCUGCUUGAGCAAUGGUUUGUUAUUCUCUUAACUUUCACAUUCUAAGUUAACUUCUUAAACUCAAUAACUUAUUUAAACUUGCGAGUACCAAUCCUGUUUUGUCAAUUUUUUAAUAUGGUAAGACAUGUCUUAACUCUUCUCAUGAUUCAGUGUUUUUUUUUUGGGGCCUCAACUCUGAUUCAGCAUUGCUAAUUCAAAUCUCACUGAAGUUUUGGCACUAGCUGAAGCACUCUAAAUUUGUGCAAUUUACUUCUUUUUAGUAAAAUAGAGUGAUCCAUCAGUUGCUGUGUCAUGGUCCCAAUAAAUUGUUAAUUAAUUGCUUGCACUUUUCCAUCCAAGAUUAAUUGGUUUUAGAUUCUAUUUUAGAGGAUUUAAUAUUGUCUUUUCUCCAAUGUGAUCAUUAAUGGAUGUCAUGGCUGUUAUUUGUUAACUUGAUCAUUGGUACCAUGUUUUCUCCAUGUUGGCUGAGGGACUCUCUGACCUUAUGGCAGCAAGUUUGCUUGAAGAAUUGGCCAUUGGGGAUUUCUUUGUACAAGGAUGAGAUUAAUGGAGGUUAUAUGAAUGUAUAUUACCUGCCGGUUCCUCAAUAGGGUACAAUGUGGCUUUGCUGUGGAGUCGGAUCCUCUUAGAGUUGGCAGAAAGGAAUUAGCCUUUGUUUCAAUAAAUAUAAUUGAAAUAGAGGUUUGCUAUCAUUUCACCUACUUUGAUAUUUCCAUUUGUACAAUUCAACCAUCUGUUCAAAUGAAACCCGGGGCAUUUGAAUUGUUUGAUAUAUAGCUGAAUUCAACUCUCCUGCAGAAGCCAAUAAUCUGCUUUUUGUGGAAUCCCUGGUUAGAGUUGUGUUUUAAACCCAUAUUCCUUCUGCUGUCACCAAGUUUGUGGGUUUAUUUGACAGGAGAGAGUUUUUGUCGGACUUAGCCUACAGUGGCCAUAAUUUCCUACUGAACUGCUUCAGAUAUCCACAAACAAAACCCAAGAUUUCUUCAUGUAAGGAGAGAGUUUUGCAGGCAGUAAGUUUUGGGGUUCUCUUUCAUACUUGCACAUAUGGUUAUGUAAAUGCUCUGUAAAUCAUCCCUGAAUCUUGCAGGCCACUAUGUACUACAACUUGUGGAGCAGGGUUUGUCUAUGAUCAACACAUGGACAUAAAAAUAUAAGUUUAUC